AUGGUGAGGAACGUGGAUGACUUUGACUUCUGCCUGCCCUCGCACGCUGAGGGGGUGCUGGAGGGGCUGCAGCAGCUGCGCAGCAACCCCAACAGUGGAGACGUGACGCUGUUUUCCUCCCCCGGCCACCCGGGCUUCCUGGCCCUCUGCAGCCACUACUUCCACGCCAUGUUCUCCGGCGACUUCGCCGAGAGCAUCGCGGCACAGGUGGAGCUGAAGGAAGUGGACCCCGGCGCCCUGGAGAUGCUGCUCGACUUCGCCUACACGGGGAAGGUCACCAUCAACCAGAGCAACGUGGAGGGGCUCAUUAGGACCUCCAGCCAGCUCCACUUCCCCACCAUCCAGAAGGUCUGCAGCCGCUACCUUCGGCAGCAGAUGGAUGCCACCAACUGCCUAGGUAUCUGUGAGUUCGGCGAGAGCCAUGGCUGCCCUGAGGUCUCCUCCAAGGCCUGGUCUUUCUUGCAGGAGAACUUUGAAGCAGUCUCUCUGCAGGAGGAGUUCCUCCAGCUCUCUAAGGAGAGGUUGGCCACCUACCUCUCCAAUGACCAGCUGCAGGUGCAGGAGGAGAAGAGCCUGGCCGAGGCCGUGCUGCGCUGGGUACGCCACGACCCAGGGCCACGAGCCAAGUUCCUGCCGGAGCUGCUGGAGCUUGCCCACCUCGUCUCACUGCCCGACCAGUACCUGCAGGACCUGCUUGCCACUGAGCCCUUGAUCCGCGACUCGGAUGCCAGCAAGGCGCUCAUUGCCCAGUCCUGUGCCACAGUGGGUGACCCCCGUUAAUCCCACCCCCAAAGGAGCGCCCCAAUCUCGCCACAGAAGCUAGAGGAGGUGCUGGUUGUAGUCGGUGGCCGUGUGCUGGAGGAGGGCGAGGAUGAGGACACAGGGCUAGAGAUGCUGGCUACCCACAGGAACUUUGCCUUCUACAACCCCAAAAGCAGGCAAUGGAUGGCGCUGCCUGAUUUCCCUGAUUAUAACAAAUGGGGCUUUUCCCUGGUGGCUCUGAACAACGAUGUGUAUGUCACAGGCGGCUCUCGGGGGUCCAAGAAUGACACCUGGUCAACGACCCAGGCCUGGUGCUUCUGCCUCAAGGACGGCGUCUGGAAGCCCAUUGCUUCCAUGCUCAGAGCCCGGACUAAUCACACCAGUGCCAUCCUCAAUGGCGAGAUCUAUGUCAUUGGGGGGACGACAGUGGAGGCGGUAGAGGUGGAGCGCUAUGAUCCCUACAACAAGAGCUGGUGUGCCAUCAGCCCAGCCCUCAAGUACGUGAGCAAUUUUGCAGCCUCCAGCUGCUUGGGCAAGCUCUACCUGGUGGGCUCCUGCGCCGUCAAAUACAACGCGCUCACCCUGCAGUGCUACAAUCCUGUCCAAGAUCUGUGGAGUGUGAUCACAUCUCCCUUCAUCCCCAAGUACCUCUCAGCCCCACGGUGUGCCACCCUGCAUGGGCUCAUCUACCUCAUUGGGGACAACACCAAGAAGGUUCACGUGUACAACCCAGAGGCCAACAUCUGGCAGAAGGUACAGCUUCUGCACACACUCCAUGAGAACGGCGGGAUGGUACCGCUGGGCGACCGGCUCUUCGUCACCGGUGGCCAUUGGCAGGGCAUGGAUGGGGACUACCAGGUGGAGAUGGAGGUGUAUGACUGCACCAAGGACCUCUGGACACGGGAGGGCUCCCUGCCCUGCCCCUGGCUCUUCCAUAGCUCCUCCUCCAUCUUCAUGGACACCUCCAAGUGGACAGAGGCUUUCCAGGGUGCCCGUCGGUGGUAG